AAUGAGGGCCUUCAACUCAGAUAUAUUGGAUUACUUCAAGAACAUCUGCCUCAAGAUUAUUGAGAAUCGGAAAGAAAAUAAAAGUAGGCAAGAAGAUUUUUUGCAACUUAUGAUGGAUGCCCAAGACGGUAAAGUUACAUCAAAAGCUGAGAAUGAAUCAUCAACCGACGAGAAACUCUUCAACCUCGACUCGGAGAUUAAGACGGACACGUCUUUCACUGCAGGCGUAAAAGCCCUAACCGAAGACGAGGCCUUGGCUCAGUGCGUUCUCUUCUUUCUCGCCGGUCAAGAUACCACGUUGUCCACGAUCGCAUAUACUCUGUACCUUCUGGCGCUUCAUCCUGAAAUCCAAACAAAGCUGAGGGAAGAAGCGGAUGAGUGCUUCCAACAACACGUAAGUAGUUUGAUGAAGAUUGUGUUGUGGGUUAGCUAA